AUGAUGGGGAAAUCUGAAACAAUGGCAAGAGAGAUUGUUACUGGUUUGCAGAGAAUCAGAUAUAAAGGAGGCAAUGGACCUCUGCUGCAAUAUUUACCAGGAGAUUUAAUGUUGGAUAUCCUUUCAAGACUACCUAGACCCACCAAAGUUGAGGUAUUUACCUUGAGCACUAAUACUUGGAGGGAGGUUAAGGCAGUGGUGUUUAGGCAAAUAACAGUGCCAUAUGCUGAUACUCCUUGGUUGGAAACAUAUAGGAGACUUGUGGAAUAUAAAGAAUCACUAGCCAUGUUUGUUUACCUAGAAAGUUGGUUUCCAGGAGUGACUGUUCGCUGUGAGAUGUGGGUGAUGAAUGACUAUGGUGGUGGUGGUACUAAGGAGGUGUCUUGGAUUAAAGAACUAAGAGUUGAACAUCUUUCAAGGGUUGGGAGACCAUUGGGGUGGUUGAAUGGGGACAUCGUCUUUGGACCUUGGCUAGGAUACGGCCAUAACGUUUUCUUGUAUGACCCCCACACCAAACAAGUCAAAGAUAUCUCAACUCAUGAGGGCUCUGGUUAUUUCUUUCCUUACAAAGAGAGUUUAGUUCUCGCUAGAGGAGGAAUAAACUAUCGAAGUUGCCCAGUUUGUUGUUGCCGUUCAGGGUAG